AACAUUCGUGGCCUUGGAGAUCAUCAAGAACACAUGAUGACAAGCGAUCACCCGUCGAGCCUUUCUAUCCACUUGGCUUGGGUCCUUUUUAUUCACUCUUCUCUGAAAUCUAUCUAGGCUGUUGAAUCGACCCGCCGCAGGUAGAAGCUAUCACCUGUCUCGCGCAUCAUGGAGGCCACCGGUAGCAGCAGCAAGAGACCGGCAUGUGAUAAUUGUAAAGACAGAAAGACCAAAUGCGACCGCGAAACACCAUGUUCAAGCUGCGUGGCCUCAAACCUUACAUGCCACCUGACGCAUCGCUCAUCCCAGAGACGUCAGCGCGUCCUUAUCUCGCCCCGUUAUGAUGAGGCCAUAGAGAGCGUGGACCGCUCACUGAAGGAAGUCUCACAGGCGGUGCAAAAGCUGCUCGAAAUCAACCAGCAAAAGUCGCACUCAUCACCACUGGCGUCCCCACCGUCCUUCACCGGCUGCCACUCUCCGAGCAUCUCUGGCUUAUCUGAGGGCUAUAGAGGUGAAUCCUCUUUCAAAGCGCAUGUUCAGCGGGUCACCGAUGCACUCAAGAAUGCUGCUUCAGAUCUGGAGUCGACCCUGGGCGACGAUACAGCGCUCUCUGCGACCGUGCAAAUGAUCGACCAUGCCACGCUCAGUGAAGAAAAGAGUUCCGCCCAGGCUCAUAUGUCACCUCUGUCUUUCCAGGCUCAAUAUCCCGAGUUGGACAGCAGGUCUCUUCCACCGGUUGAGAGCGUUCUGAAGCUGGUUCGAUUAUGUCAGACUGAAAAACAGCGAUUUUUCGUCGAUGUCCCUGUGAUUGACGAACAAGAGUUUGGAGAGAUUUGCCAAAAGGUUUGCUUUGCCAUCGCCAACUUUUCCAUUACGGAUUGGGUUAUCGUCAACGUCGGUCUGUUCUUCUUACUACAGGGGCUCAAUCAGCAUCAUUACUCCCAUUUUGGCAUCACGAAAUUGGACCUCGAGACAUACUCUCAACUACUGAAAGCCAAUGUUGAAGCUGCGAUACAGUCUUUGAGGCUUUGCAGCGACCCUUCUAUGCAAGCAUGUCAAGCUCUGGCGGUCCUAUACACGUUUUGCAACAAAAUAGGUCGAAGCGCACUCGCAUGGCAGUUGAUAUCGGCUGCAUCUAGAAUGUGCAUUGACCUCGGCUGGCAUAGACUAUCUAGCGAUGAGCCAAAGUUCUCAAAAAGGCGGCAAGUUUUUUGGCAUGUUUAUGUCCACGACAAGAGCAUGGCUUUCACAAUGGGCAGGACGCCGGCGAUCCAUCCCUAUGACGUGUCAACUGAAAGGCCGUUUAUACCCAAGGACCACGUUUCAGGCGUGCCAGUAUAUCUCUAUGCCGGGUUCAUCGAGUAUGCAUUUAUCGUUGGCGAUAUGCACGUGGAGCUGUUUUCUGCUUCCGCGCUUCGUAAGCCACUGGAAAUACGGAGCCAGAGUGCCACGCAGGUAGUUUCGAAGCUGCUUGAAGUCAACGAACGUAUCAAACAGUGCGUUAAAGAUGAUCCCUCAGACGACGACCUCUACGAAGCGCUUACCGUGUUGCUCGACUUCAUGAUGUACGGUCUUGUUACGAUAGCUUAUCGCGUCAUUCCAAGCCAUGAACCAAGCGAUGGCCCUUUGAAGUGCAGCGACGAAUGUACAGAGGCUGCUCGGAACGCCCUUCGUACAAUUGUGAGAGCAUUCGAAUCGUGGGGGCACCUCAGAAUCAGUGGGUGGACGAUGCUCCUCAAUAUGAUGUUCUCUCUAGUACCGUUUGCCUGCUUCGUUGUCCUCGCGGGAAAUACAGUGGCAACAGCGUCUGAGGAAGACCUGACGCUCCUCUGCAGCGCCAUCUCUGCCAUUGAACCCACAUCAGACAGCUCGCCUUCAGCCAAGAAGCUGUACGAUGUGUGCAAGACGUUCUAUGAGCUCGCCAGCUUUUCUGUCAAGCGAAAAGACUCAAUAGGUAUGAGACUGCAGCAAGUAGAGCAGGUGUAUGGACAGCAAGCACUUGAGGAUAUACCUCCUUUGCCAGAGGUCAAUCUUGCUGCACCUUCGUAUGAUCACAUCAUGGCUCCUCAGGACUGGGAAGCUGUCAUGGAUGAGUUCGAUUUGGGCACUGGGGCCGGCGCAUUGGCUUCUUUUGUAGAACCUUACAUACCAUUUGAUGGGAGAAUACCAUGAGAGAUUCUGCGGCGCGAACUAGACUAGUUUGGCAAUUCGA